AUAGUGCAAAACGUGGAAUUCAUUUGACAGAUGUCGAAUUUGCCCCAUUAUCUGUCUGUGAACUCUGCAUUCGGCGUUGGUGCUACUGCUAUUUCUCAUUCUUCCGUUGCUAGCUCUCAAUCUUCCGCCGGAAACAGGGAUCGUAACAUGGCUUCUUCUGAACAACUCGUUCUCGAGCUCAGCAACCCAGAGCUUCGUGAAAAUGCUCUUCUCGAACUCUCUAAGAAGAGAGAGCAAUUUCAAGAUCUUGCUCCCUUGCUAUGGAAUUCAUUUGGUACUAUUGCAGCACUUUUACAGGAAAUAGUAUCGAUAUACCCAGUGCUAUCACCACCCAAUCUCACUCCUGCACAAUCAAAUCGAGUGUGCAAUGCUCUUGCUCUUCUUCAGUGCGUAGCAUCUCACCCGGACACAAGGAUGCUAUUCCUCAACGCUCAUAUUCCAUUGUAUCUGUAUCCCUUCUUGAACACAACAAGUAAGUCAAGACCUUUUGAGUACUUGAGGCUUACUAGUCUUGGUGUCAUUGGCGCAUUGGUGAAGGUUGAUGAUACUGAGGUUAUUAGUUUUCUGCUUUCUACUGAAAUAAUUCCCCUGUGCCUGCGCACGAUGGAAAUGGGGAGUGAGCUCUCCAAAACAGUUGCAACAUUUAUUGUUCAAAAGAUUCUGUUAGAUGAUGUUGGCUUGGACUAUAUCUGUACUACUGCUGAGCGUUUUUUCGCAGUAGGUCGAGUUCUCGGAAAUAUGGUGGCAGCUCUCGCUGAGCAACCAUCAUCUCGUCUGUUGAAGCAUAUCAUUCGAUGCUAUCUUCGCCUGUCUGAUAACCCAAGGGCUUGUGAUGCACUAAGAAGCUGUCUUCCUGACAUGUUAAGAGACGCGACUUUCAGCAGCUGCCUUCGAGAGGACCCUACAACUAGGAAGUGGCUGCAACAAUUGCUGCACAAUGUUGGAGGGAAUCGGGUUCCUGCACUGCAAGGUGGAGGAGGGUUUGAUCAUCUAAUGGUGAAUUGAGUAUAAGUUGUUAUAUUGUAAUAUUGUUGGAAUUUGGUGAGCUUAUUGAUGCUCUAGAACUAUAUUGGAAGACUUGUGUGUAAAAUAAAUUUACUAUUACCUAAGGUGAUUCUUUUCACCUCCGUGAACAGUACAUUCCACAUUUUUGGGGAGUAUGUACAGUUUCAUAUAAAAUAAUUCAAGUUUAAGAUACAUAAUUGGGAAAUGCCUUUUUAUGUUUAAGGAUUAUGCAAACACCAUUUUCAUUGAGGUAAUAAAACGAUUCCGAGGGUUGUUUGUAA